AUGGCAAGCCCGGCCCAUUGCUACUAUUGCUUCGAGUCUCUUUCUGCCUCCUUUGAAGGGUAUGAUCCUAUAAAACUCAACGUUUUGGAGGAUCUCUGGGAGCAGCAUGAGCAGGUUAAGAAACUUGCUACCCUUCAGGACAAGAAUGAGUCGGUUUCUCUGAGGGAGAACGACAAUCUAAGCCAGCCAAUCACGGAGGAAAAUGACACCCAAAACAAUGACGACGGUGCUGCGGGCCAGAGUGCGACUAAGAGAAAUCGACCACCGGCCAUCAAGAUGCCCAGUAUCAACCGUCUUCAAAGCGAACUUUCAUCAGACUCUUCCAGUGCAUCGACUACGCCGUCAACCAAUUCUGUUUCAUCUAGUUCCACAGCUAUCACGACACCAGGUUCGCAAUCUGAUAUGGCGGGUUCAAGGCGCCAGAAAGAAGAAUACCGAGAACACCCGUUGUUUGUUACGUGGAAUACAGUCUCGAAGCAUGGGCACAAAUCACUUCGUGGGUGCAUUGGUACAUUUGAGGCGCAGGAACUUGCUGCAGGUUUGAAUUCCUACGCCAUCACUUCCGCCUUCCAUGACACCCGCUUUUCUCCGAUUCCCAAAUCCCUCUUACCUUCGCUUUCCUGCUCCUUGACCCUUCUAGGGUCUUUUGAACCUUGUACCAAUGCAAUGGAUUGGAUUCUCGGAACCCAUGGAAUUCGUAUAUCUUUCAUACACCGCGGUAGACGCUACGGGGCCACAUAUCUCCCAGACGUCCCAGUGGAGCAAGGCUGGACCAAAGAGGAAACGGUGGAGAGUCUGAUGCGCAAAGCAGGCUGGGACGGGGCGACUGGAGGCGUUGCGAGGAGACUACUUAGAGGAAGUAACAACAGUAGCAGCUCGAGCUCAGGCAAGCCCUGGGACCAAGUCUCGGACUUUCGAGCGGUCAAGUACCAAGGCCUCAAGGCUAGUGCUGAUUACGCCGAAUGGCAGGAAUGGCGGAAAUGGGUUCUGUCUCUGGAAGACGGAGAGGAAAUGCUGUUUAACUCGGCUAGAUGA